CGCCCCGUCUGGCGGGAGAUGCAAACAGGGAAGCGUGCGCUUCAGCCAGAGGAAGGCCAUGGGGCUGUGGAUGCACCUGGGCGGACAGAGGGCGUCUUAAUCAAAAUGUAGCCAUACUUUGCAACUCUCUCUACAUAGACUGAUGUUCCUGGACGUGUUAACUGUUCACAGCGCCUCAUUUUCCCUUCUUCCAAACACCAGCCUAGGAGUAGGCAGACGCAGACAAUGAUUACUUUCCCGGUUGCAGUAAAUUCUUGGACUUUUGAAUUAAAGUUUACAUCUACAACACGGCCUGGUUAUGCCUUUAGUAGGCCAGUUUCAUAGUCAUUGUUUUUAGAUGUUCUAUCUAUAGAAACAUCCUGGAGGAUCUCAUAGUGAAUCUAUGAGAUCUGUUACCCAGUGAAUGAGAGUGUUAGUGACUCUGACUGUUGCCCACCUGUAGGUCCAGCACAUUCCUUUGUGUUCCCUUAAACCCUGUGCAUAUCUCUUUUCUUGUGUUUAUUGCAUUGUAUUAUUUUUACUUAAAAAUGUAUUUGUAUUGUGGGUUCUGAGCUCCUUGAGUACUGUAGGCUGUGUGUCUUACUGCAGGCCUGCAACAGUGCCCUGCACGUUUUGGCUCAAUGAAUGUUGUGUGAAUCAGUGGAAAGGUCUUUUUGUCUGGUUUUGAUAAGGCAAAUCUGUUAUGGAUAUAUGUGAACGGGAAAUGUACUGUAGCAACAUAGAAACAUGUACUGUUGGUGAGACAGUAAACGUUUAUUCACUCCCUACUGUGUGCAGGGUGCUUUGCCAAGGCCUGUGAAGGACUCAGAAAUGACUGUGAAUCAACCCAUGUCAUCAGGGGGCUAGACAUGCGCACACAUGACUACAAUGUGAGGCAGUCUCUGAACUUACAGUCCUUGAGGAUAUGACACUGACCCAGACAGUACAUCGCGAUGCAAGGCAAUACAUGUCAUAGAAUGUCGUUCCAUCCGGGACGAGGCUGUCCCCGAGGGCGAGGGGGACAUGGAGCCAGACCCUCUGCGCCAGCCUUCCGGCCCCAGAACCUGAGACUGCUUCACCCUCAGCAGCCUCCUGUGCAGUAUCAAUAUGAACCUCCUAGUGUUCCUUCCACCACCUUCUCAAACUCUCCCGCCCCCAGUUACAUGCCUCCGCGACCAGAUUUUGUACCCUUCCCUCCACCCAUGCCUCCCUCAGCACAAGGCCCUCUUCCCCCCUGCCCAAUCCGGCCCCCCUUCCCCAACCACCAGAUGAGGCCCCCCUUCCCGGUACCUCCCUGUUUUCCUCCCAUGCCGCCUCCGAUGCCCUGUCCUAACAACCCCCCAGUCCCCGGAGCACCUCCUGGGCAAGGCACGUUCCCCUACAUGCAGGUCAAUUACCAGUACCCUCCUGGAUAUUCGCACCACAACUUCCCACCUCCGAAUUUUAAUAGCUUCCAGAACAGCCCCAGCUCUUUCCCGCCCAGCGCUAACAACAGCAGCAGCCCUCAUUUUAGGCAUCUCCCUCCAUACCCACUCCCGAAGGCUCCCAGUGAGAGAAGGUCCCCGGAAAGGCUCAAGCACUAUGAUGACCACAGGCACCGUGACCACAGUCACGGGCGAGGCGAGCGGCAUCGGUCCCUGGAUCGCAGGGAGCGAGGCCGAAGUCCCGACCGGAGAAGACCCGACAGCCGCUACAGAUCAGAUUAUGACCGAGGGAGAACGCCGUCUCGCCACCGGAGCUACGAGCGGAGCAGAGAGCGGGAACGGGAGAGACACAGGCACCGGGACGGCCGAAGAUCACCAUCUCUGGAAAGGUCCUACAAAAAAGAGUAUAAGAGAUCUGGAAGGAGUUACGGUUUGCCACUUGCUCCCGAACCCACUGGAUGCACACCAGAAUUACCUGGGGAGAUUAUUAAAAAUACAGAUUCUUGGGCCCCACCCCCGGAGACUGUGAAUCACCGCUCCCCAAGUAGGGAGAAGAAGAGGCCUCGCUGGGAAGAAGAAAAAGACCGAUGGAGCGACAGCCAGGGCUCGGGCAAAGAGAAGAGCUUCCCCUCCGUCAAGGAGAAGGAGCUGGAGGAGGCGCCGCCCGACAGGCCCGACGAGGACGAGGAGCUCCUUAAGCCCGUGUGGAUUCGCUGCACCCACUCGGAGAGCUACUACUCCAGCGACCCCAUGGACCAGGGGGGAGAUUCUACUGUAGUUGGAACAAGUAGGCUCCGGGACUUAUAUGACAAAUUUGAGGAGGAGCUGGGGAGCCGGCAAGAAAAGGCCAAAGCUGCGAGGCCCCCAUGGGAGCCUCCCAAGACGAAGCUGGAUGAAGAUUUAGAAAGCUCCAGCGAAUCCGAGUGUGAGUCCGACGAGGACAGCACCUGUUCCAGCAGCUCAGACUCUGAGGUUUUUGACGUCAUUGCAGAAAUCAAGCGCAAAAAGGCCCAUCCGGACCGGCUUCACGAUGAGCUGUGGUACAACGACCCAGGCCAGAUGAAUGACGGACCACUCUGCAAAUGCAGCGCGAAAGCCCGACGCACAGGAAUCAGACACAGUAUUUACCCCGGAGAAGAGGCCAUCAAGCCCUGUCGUCCUAUGACCAACAAUGCUGGCAGACUUUUCCACUAUCGAAUUACAGUCUCCCCUCCCACAAACUUUUUAACUGACAGGCCAACUGUUAUAGAAUAUGAUGAUCACGAGUACAUCUUUGAAGGAUUUUCUAUGUUUGCACACGCCCCCCUGACCAAUAUUCCACUGUGUAAAGUGAUUAGAUUCAACAUAGACUACACGAUUCAUUUCAUCGAGGAGAUGAUGCCUGAGAAUUUUUGCGUGAAGGGACUUGAACUCUUUUCAUUAUUCCUAUUCAGAGAUAUUUUGGAAUUGUACGACUGGAAUCUUAAAGGUCCUUUGUUUGAAGACAGUCCUCCCUGCUGCCCAAGAUUUCAUUUCAUGCCACGCUUUGUAAGAUUUCUUCCAGAUGGAGGGAAGGAAGUGCUGUCCAUGCACCAGAUCCUGCUUUACUUGUUGCGCUGCAGCAAAGCCCUGGUGCCCGAGGAGGAGAUCGCCAACAUGCUGCAGUGGGAGGAGCUCGAGUGGCAGAAAUACGCGGAAGAGUGCAAAGGCAUGAUUGUCACCAACCCCGGCACGAAACCAAGCUCUGUCCGCAUUGACCAACUGGAUCGUGAACAGUUCAACCCCGAUGUGAUUACUUUUCCAAUUAUCGUUCACUUUGGGAUACGCCCUGCACAGUUGAGUUAUGCAGGAGACCCACAGUACCAGAAACUGUGGAAGAGUUACGUGAAACUUCGCCACCUCCUGGCCAAUAGUCCCAAAGUCAAACAGACGGACAAACAGAAGCUGGCACAGAGGGAGGAAGCGCUCCAAAAAAUACGACAGAAGAAUACAAUGAGGCGAGAAGUAACGGUGGAGCUAAGUAGCCAAGGAUUCUGGAAAACUGGCAUCCGUUCUGAUGUCUGUCAGCAUGCAAUGAUGCUACCUGUUUUGACCCAUCACAUCCGCUACCACCAAUGCCUGAUGCACCUGGACAAGCUGAUAGGAUAUACUUUCCAAGAUCGCUGUCUGUUGCAGCUGGCCAUGACCCACCCCAGCCAUCACUUAAAUUUUGGAAUGAAUCCUGAUCAUGCCAGGAAUUCUUUGUCUAACUGUGGAAUUCGGCAGCCCAAAUAUGGAGAUAGAAAAGUUCAUCACAUGCACAUGCGGAAAAAAGGAAUUAACACCCUAAUAAAUAUUAUGUCACGCCUUGGCCAAGAUGACCCAACUCCCUCAAGGAUCAAUCACAAUGAGCGGUUGGAGUUCCUGGGUGAUGCUGUUGUCGAAUUUCUGACCAGUGUCCAUUUGUACUAUCUGUUUCCUAGUCUAGAAGAAGGAGGUCUAGCGACUUACCGGACUGCCAUCGUUCAGAAUCAGCACCUCGCCAUGCUAGCAAAGAAACUUGAACUGGAUCGAUUUAUGCUUUAUGCCCAUGGACCUGACCUUUGUAGAGAAUCAGACCUUCGACACGCAAUGGCUAAUUGUUUUGAAGCAUUAAUAGGAGCUGUUUACUUGGAGGGAAGCCUGGAGGAAGCCAAACAGUUAUUUGGACGCUUACUCUUUAAUGAUCCGGACCUGCGCGAGGUCUGGCUCAAUUACCCUCUCCACCCACUCCAGCUACAAGAGCCAAAUACUGAUCGACAGCUUAUCGAGACUUCUCCAGUUCUGCAGAAGCUGACUGAGUUUGAAGAAGCAAUUGGAGUGAUUUUUACUCACGUUCGGCUCCUGGCAAGAGCAUUCACAUUGAGAACUGUGGGAUUUAACCACCUGACCCUAGGCCACAACCAGAGGAUGGAAUUCCUGGGUGACUCCAUAAUGCAACUGGUAGCCACAGAGUACUUAUUCAUUCAUUUCCCAGAUCAUCACGAAGGACACUUAACUUUGCUGCGAAGCUCUUUGGUGAACAACAGGACUCAGGCCAAGGUGGCGGAGGAGCUGGGUAUGCAGGAAUACGCCAUCACCAACGACAAGACCAAGCGGCCCGUGGCCCUCAGGACCAAGACGCUGGCAGACCUUUUGGAAUCAUUUAUUGCAGCACUGUACAUCGACAAGGAUUUGGAAUAUGUUCAUACUUUCAUGAAUGUUUGUUUCUUUCCACGAUUAAAAGAGUUCAUUUUGAAUCAAGAUUGGAAUGACCCCAAAUCCCAGCUUCAGCAGUGUUGCUUGACACUUAGGACGGAAGGAAAAGAGCCAGACAUUCCUCUGUACAAGACUCUGCAGACGGUGGGGCCAUCCCAUGCUAGAACCUACACCGUGGCUGUUUACUUCAAGGGAGAAAGAAUAGGCUGUGGGAAAGGACCAAGUAUUCAGCAAGCGGAAAUGGGAGCAGCAAUGGAUGCACUUGAAAAAUAUAACUUUCCCCAGAUGGCCCAUCAGAAGCGGUUCAUUGAACGGAAAUACAGACAAGAGUUAAAAGAAAUGAGGUGGGAAAGAGAACAUCAAGAAAAAGAGCCAGAUGAGACCGAAGACAUAAAGAAAUAAAGGAGGACACUGAAGUCGUGGCGUGUUUACUUCUUAAUAACUGUGACUGUUGCCCAUUGAGACGUACCCUACUUUUCCUACAGACAGUGAAUGAAGUGUGCCUGUUGAAAUAAAACCCAAAGUCAAAUCGCUAUUGUUGUUUUACUGAUCUUAUAUUCUGUUUUUACCAAAUAGUCUUUAUUACCAGGUAUUUGAUUUCUCUUCUAUUUAAUGGAAAACUACUUUAGUGGAUAUGCAUAUUCUCCCUUUUAUUUAUUUUUUUUAAUAAUAAAAUUUAAAAUGUUCUGUAUGGAA